AUGACUCACCGCCCGCCCACGGGGAGCGCACCGCCAGAUGAUUGGAUAGUAGAGCUGUCAGUCACCUGGGCAGUGGCACGGUUGUCUGUGCUGGUUGGCUUGCCUCCUGUCAAUCUGCAGAGAACGGCUCUGAUUGGUCAGGAUCAGGGCGUGGGCGGUGCCCCGGGGUUUAACGGCGGUCCCGGGGGUCGCGCCGGGGAACUGAGCGCCCGUUCCCGCAGCUUCCAGGACUUCGGGGAGCGCUGCCGGGCCCGCAAGCCGGAGGAUGUGCGCUGGGUGAGCCAGGACUGCCGGAGAUGCACCUGCUACUGCCACCGCCGCUCCCAGCUGCCCUGCCGGCACAUCCUGGCCGUGCUGCCGGAGCACGGGGGGCGUGCGGAGAGAGCCGUGCUGUGCAGGGGCAGCUCCCCAGGCCAUGCUGGGGGCUCGGCGGGCAGCAGGGAGGAGGGAGUGCAGUCGCUCAGCCUCGUGCUGACCAGCCUGCUGCAGAGCAACGGGGAGCAGCUGAAGGAGCGCAGCUCCGCGCUGGCGGCCACCCGGGCCACCUGGGCUCGGUCACCGGAGCAGGCAGCCGGGCAGGAGCCGGUGCCAGAGGGCCGGACACACCGAGGAGCGGUGCGCUCCCGUGGCUGCAGCAGCUGGCCCUGGAGCACCACACCGAGCGCCUGGCCCCGACGGCGGCGGGAGCUGUUCGCCUUCCCGAGGGACCUCAUCGCUCCGGACUUGCUGCCUCAGCUCCUCCUUCACUGGCUGCUCGAUGACGGGAUCUGGGCUGCGCACAGGGAGGGCAGCUGAGGGGAGAGCAGCGGCUACUUCGUGGAGAUGGAGGUUGUCAUCCAGGGGCUAAGCCAGGUUUUCAGUAGUGGGUUCCCUCUGGAGAGCUGCGUCACCACCUUGGCCCAGCACUAUGAAAAGUGUGAUUGUAAGAGCCCUCCUGAUGCUGUGACGUGCUCUGCUCCCCAUCCUGAUGACUGUGCUGUUCAGGAGCUCCCCAAAGCUUGCCCCUUGCCCUCUCUGGUGUGCCAGGGUAACACAUCCCAGAGCUCCAGCCAGGCUUCCUCUACUGUGGCAGCAGCUCAGCAGCAGCUCUUGUCAGCCUCUCUUGCAGCCACCAGGAGUCCUGUGAUUGUUCUCCAGAGUCUACCAGCAGUUCCCCAGCUCUUUGAGGCUCUCCAGUGUCAGCCUGAAAUCUCCCAGUCUCUCCUCCAGGGCGAACCCACAACCCCUCACUCCCUGUUAUAUCCUUCAUCUCCUCCAGUAAAACUGAGGGCCACAGAGGCCCCAGAGGAUGACAGCAGGGAGGAGAUUAACCAAAGAACUGAAGAAGGCAUCAAACAGUCUCUGAGUGUUGAAGAGAACUGGGCCAAGGAUGGAACCCUGCAGAACUAGUGACCAGAUAACAAUCUGUUGUCAGUCACUACAACUGUUUGUGCCUCACCUGUGAACAAGUUGCUCACUAUCCCAUAAUACAGUUAUCCAGCUGUGGGCUGGACAUUUUGUCCAGAAGUAUCCUGUGAGAGACAGUAUCAAAAGCUUUGCUGAAGUCCAAAAAGACUAUAUGUACUGGCUUUCCUAGGUGAACUAGGUGAGUUACCCUGUUGUUGAAGGGAAUCAGGUUCAACAAGCAGGACUUCCCCCUCCUGAAGCCAUGCUGGCUGUGGCCAAUGUCAACAACAGUGUCAAAAACACCAGGUGUUUUUUAAGACCUCCCAAAAUAAUCUUUUCUAUGAUUUUACCAGGUACUGAAGUGAGGCUGACAGGCCUGUAGCUUCUGGGGUCCUCCUUUUUGCCCUUCUUAAAAAUCAGGAUAAUGUUUGCCAGCUUCCAGUCAGCUGAGACCUCUCCAGAUUUCCAGGACUGCUCAAAAAUCAUCGAGAGAGGCUUUGCAAUGACAUCAGCUAGUUCUUUGAGGAUUCUCAGAUGAAUCCCAUCUGGCCCCAUAAUAACAUGUGACAAAAUUAUUUCAUCUGUGGCCAGCGCCCACAGGUCCUUGCACCAUCCAGCUGCGGGGGUUGUGCAACAGAGCCAAUAAAUCAGCCUUGUGCUGUUUGGGA